CUCUCUCUCUCUCUCUCUCUCAACACGCCAAACCAAACCACCACCUUCAUCUCCUCCGCCUCCACAACCACCUCCUAAUACCAAAUAUAUUGCCACAUUGUGCUACAAACCAUACGUUCUCAUUAACUGUUGGCGCAUUGUAUCACUUUUUUUGUUGUAACAAUAUUUAUAGGGGUGUGCUAUCCACACCCAUUUUUACUUCUCACACCCUUUGUUAAUUUCUAUGUGUUGAUCUUCUUCAAUUCAUCUAAUCCAACGGUCGAAAAUUAAAAGGAGGUGUGAGAAGUAAAAAGAGAUGUGCGGAUACUACACCCCUAUUUAUAACCCUAAUGCCUGCACUACGAGUUGAUCAAAUCAACCAGCUAAGAGACAUAUUUGCAAGAUUCGACAUGGACUCCGACGGCAGCCUCACCAUCUUGGAGCUCACCACCCUCCUCCGCUCGCUCGGCCUCAAGUCCUCCGGUGACCAAGUCCACGUCCUCCUAGCCAACAUGGAUGCAAACGGCAAUGGCUCCGUGGAAUUCGACGGGCUGGUCAGUGCCAUAUUGCCCGACAUGGACGAGGAGAUUAUGGUAAACCAAAAGCAACUCUUGGAGGUUUUUCGCUCUUUUGAACAUGACGGCAACGGUUACAUUACUGCGGCAGAGCUGGCAUGGUCCAUGGCGAAAAUGGGGCAACCGUUGACGUAUAAGGAGGUGACGGAGACGAUCAAAGAGGCUGAUACGGAUGGAGAUGGUGUCAUUAGUUUCAAUGAAUUUGCUACAAUAAUGGCGAAAUCGGCGUCGAGUUUUCUAGGCCUUGCUGCCUCAUGACCUGAGGUUUGAUCUAUAGAAAUCUGAUGGUACAUGUUCAUCUCUACUGCAUUUUCCAAACAAAACAGAAAAAAGAACAGAAAAUCUUCUCACCUGCUUAUUGAC